AUGUUGGGAGUUCUUUCAGUUGUUGUGGACUAUUUUGCGCCUGUCUUUCUGAUCUUGUCACCCAUCACGUCCUAUGCCGACCAAAUAUUCUCGAUCCAUCGGAAUAAGACGAGCGAUGGGUUCUCUCUCGACAUACCCCUGAUCAUGCUGGUGGCAUCUAUCCUUAAAUCAAUAAGGACUAAGACGCGACGCAGAGUGUUCUACUGGUUCGGAGCUUAUUACGACAAAGCUCUGUUAAUACAAGCCUCGUUGAUGAUUUUGGUGCAACUUGUACUCCUCAAGGUAGCCUUGGACAACCGCGCUCCUACAGGCGCAAGAGAUGGACUGCAACACACCCCUUUUCAUGGAUACACCGCAGGGAACGGGUUGAAGGACCUGAUGUCGGGUCGACGCCCUUACAACUUUUGGCAGUGGGGCAGUUCGAAGCCAUACUUUGAAUUCUUGUCAUACCUGGCAGGAGGACUAUGCAUCGUCCACGUCUUUCUCCCUUUCCUGUCGAGAACUCCUGCGUACAUUGCCUUGCUUGGAUAUGUUGGGCUUGCAGUGGAGGCUAUAUUACCUAUCCCACAAAUUGUGAAAAAUCACCAAGCACGAUCUUGCAAAGGGUUUCGACUUUCUGUGAUCAUCAAUUGGUUGGCAGGCGAUGCGAUGAAGAUGAGCUAUUUCUUCCUGAGCAAGGAGUUUAUACCUUGGCCAUUCCGACUUUGCGGAAUCUUCCAAGCCUUUUGCGACUCCUACCUUGGGUUGCAGUUCUACAUGUACGGGCGAGGGCCUGCUGGUGCGGACAUUCCUAUGAGCACAACAGCGAAAUCCGGGAUCUUCAGAUGA